GCUAUGCAGCGGACGGGCCGGCGCGGCCUGGAGAGCUGCUGCGCCCUGGCCAGUACGGCAGCCUGCCGCCGUCGCGCGUGCAACAGAGCGCGGAGUGAACAGCGGACGAACGAGAAGGGACACCGAGAUCUCAUGAGACUGCAGCAGCAGCACAGGCAAGAAGAGGGACAGCCGUGCGCCGAGCCCCAAGUGGUACGAUGCCUGCGCAACGUCACAUCUGCCAAGCAGCCACACAAGCUUCACUGCUGUGCCCAAGCACCGAGCGGGCAAUGUCGAGACGCGUGCCUGCGAGUGCUGCGCCCGAAGGAAGUUGCACCCGAUGACGUCACCGGGGAUGAAGAUGCCGUGGAUGCUCUGCUGGCCGGAGGGUGUGCGGCACCAGGUUUGCACGAGCGCCUGUGGCAGUGUCUUCUCGGCUGGCGCAGCGGACCCUCCUCUCAGCUGCUGCCGGCUGACGGAGCCAAGCUGCAGUGCUGUCUCAGGGCCGCCACGAUCGAGUGCCAGAGGAUGUGUUUGCGGGCGUUCGGAUCCGAGUGGGAGACCUCGUGGGAGACCUUCCACAACCGCUGCCGCUACCAGCCAGCCGAAGCGGCCCUGCGACAGUGCCUUGACGACGUGGACGAGCCAUGCGAGUUGGGUUGCGGAGGACCUCUGACUUUCUGCGCACACCUGGGAGCCAGGCCGUGGUCGCUGUACCGGAGAUGCGACGCCAGCGCCGACCGUGUGGCGAGGGAGAGCGCCCGGCUGUGGAUGCGCAGCGGACCGCCGACGGCGAUGGAGAGCGGCGUGCGGCGGGAGGCCCCGACUCCGCCCUUGGGUGACUGUCCCGCGGACGCGUGGAGAGAGCUCGCCUGCACGCUCAACCUCAGGCCGUGCCACGCGACGCACCACUCGAGCACGCUCUGCAG